GUUGCCAGCGGUAAAAUGAUGAACGUGCGCGUCACGACGAUGGACGCGGAGCUGGAGUUCGCGAUCCAGCAGGGCACCACAGGCAAGCAGCUGUUCGACCAGGUCGUGAAGACGAUCGGUCUGCGAGAGGUGUGGUUCUUUGGACUACAGUACACAGACUCGAAGGGCGAUAACACGUGGAUUAAGCUGUACAAAAAGGUGAUGAGCCAAGAUGUGCAGAAAGGUGACCCUCUGCUGUUUAAAUUUCGUGCCAAAUUCUAUCCGGAAGACGUGGCCGAGGAGCUGAUCCAAGACAUCACGCUGCGCCUGUUCUACCUGCAGGUGAAGAACGCGAUCCUUUCGGAUGAGAUCUACUGCCCGCCGGAAACGUCCGUGCUGCUCGCGUCGUAUGCCGUCCAGGCGCGCCACGGCGACUACAAUAAGGGCACCCACGUGCCCGGCUUCCUGGCUAAGGAUCGUCUGCUCCCGCAACGAGUUAUCGAUCAGCACAAAAUGUCCAAGGACGAGUGGGAAAAUUCGAUCACGACCUGGUGGCAGGAGCACCGCGGCCUGCUGCGCGAGGAUGCGAUGAUGGAGUAUUUGAAGAUUGCGCAAGACUUGGAAAUGUACGGCGUGAACUAUUUCGAGAUCCGCAACAAGAAGGGCACUGAGCUGUGGCUCGGCGUCGAUGCGCUCGGUCUCAACAUCUACGAAAAGGAGGAUCGCCUGACGCCGAAGAUUGGUUUCCCGUGGUCGGAAAUCCGCAACAUCUCGUUUAACGAUCGUAAAUUCAUCAUUAAGCCGAUCGAUAAGAAGGCGCCAGAUUUCGUGUUUUUCGCGCCUCGUGUUCGAAUCAACAAGCGUAUCCUGGCACUGUGCAUGGGCAACCACGAGCUGUACAUGCGCCGCCGCAAACCGGACACGAUCGAUGUGCAGCAGAUGAAGGCGCAGGCCCGCGACGAGAAGAACGCCAAGCAGCAGGAGCGCGAAAAGCUGCAGCUAGCGCUGGCGGCACGCGAGCGUGCCGAGAAGAAGCAGCAGGAGUACGAGGACCGGCUCCGCUCGAUGCAGGAAGAGAUGGAGCGCAAGCAGGCGAACUUGAGCGAGGCGCAGGACACGAUCCGCCGGCUGCAGGAGCAGCUGAAUCAGGUGCAGGCGGCCAAGGAGGAGCUCGAGCAGCGCCAGAACGAGCUGCACGAGAUGAUGCAGCGCCUGGAGGAGACCAAGAACAUGGAGGCGACCGAACGGGCCAAGCUGGAGGAGGAGAUCCGUAUCAAGCAGCUCGAGAUGCAGAAGAUCCAGGAGGAGGUUACGCUCAAAGAUUCGGAAACGAAACGCCUGCACGAGGAGGUCGAGGAAGCGAUACGGAAACAGAACGAGGCAGCUGCUGCGUUGCAGGCCGCCACCACGACCCCGAAACACCACCAUGUGGAGGAGGAGGAGGAGAACGAGGAGGAGCUGAUCAAUGGCGAGAACGGUACGCAGGACUUCUCCAAAGACUUCGACACGGACGAGCACAUUAAGGAUCCGGUAGAGGAAAGACGUACGCUUGCCGAGCGUAAUGAGCGCCUGCAGGACCAGCUGAAGGCCCUUAAGCAAGACCUCGCCCUGUCGCGUGACGACACGAUGGAAACGCCGAACGAUAAGAUCCAUCGGGAGAAUGUGCGUCAGGGACGGGACAAGUACAAGACGCUGCGCGAAAUCCGCAAGGGCAACACCAAGCGCCGCGUGGACCAGUUCGAGAACAUGUAA